AUGGUUGCUUUCACUGUUGACCAGAUGCGGUCCUUGAUGGACAAGGUUACCAAUGUGCGUAACAUGUCGGUUAUUGCACACGUCGACCACGGUAAGUCGACUUUGACUGACUCUUUGGUUCAAAGAGCCGGUAUCAUCUCUGCCGCCAAGGCCGGUGAAGCUCGUUUCACCGACACCAGAAAGGAUGAGCAGGAGAGAGGUAUCACCAUCAAGUCCACCGCUAUCUCUUUGUACUCUGAGAUGACUGAGGACGAUGUCAAGGACAUCAAGCAGAAGACCAUCGGUAACUCUUUCUUGAUCAACUUGAUCGACUCGCCAGGUCACGUUGACUUCUCUUCCGAAGUCACCGCCGCUUUGCGUGUCACUGACGGUGCUUUGGUCGUCGUCGACACCGUCGAGGGUGUCUGUGUCCAGACCGAGACUGUCCUGAGACAAGCUUUGGGUGAGAGAAUCAAGCCUGUUGUUGUCAUCAACAAGGUCGACAGAGCUUUGUUGGAGCUGCAAGUCACCAAGGAGGACUUGUACCAGUCUUUCUCCAGAACCGUUGAGUCCGUCAACGUCAUCGUCUCCACCUACGCCGACGAGGUUUUGGGUGACGUUCAAGUCUUCCCACAACAGGGUACCGUUGCCUUCGGUUCCGGUUUGCACGGUUGGGCUUUCACCAUCCGUCAGUUCGCCAACAGAUACUCCAAGAAGUUCGGUGUCGACAGACAAAAGAUGAUGGACAGAUUGUGGGGUGACUCUUACUUUAACCCAAAGACCAAGAAGUGGACUAACAAGGAGGUUGACGCCGAUGGCAAGCCAUUGGAGAGAGCUUUCAACAUGUUCGUCUUGGACCCUAUCUUCAGACUGUUCGCUGCCAUCAUGAACUUCAAGAAGGACGAGAUCCCAGUCUUGUUGGAGAAGUUGGAGAUCAACUUGAAGGGUGACGAGAAGGACUUGGAGGGUAAGGCCUUGUUGAAGGUCGUUAUGAGAAAGUUCUUGCCAGCUGCGGACGCUUUGUUGGAAAUGAUUGUCAUGCACUUGCCAUCCCCAGUCACUGCCCAAAACUACAGAGCUGAGCAAUUGUACGAAGGUCCUUCCGACGACCCAGCUUGUGUUGCCAUCAAGAACUGUGACCCAACCUCUGACUUGAUGUUGUACGUCUCCAAGAUGGUUCCUACCUCGGACAAGGGUAGAUUCUACGCUUUCGGUAGAGUUUUCGCCGGUACUGUUAAGUCCGGUCAAAAGAUCAGAAUUCAAGGUCCAAACUACGUUCCAGGUAAGAAGGACGACUUGUUCUUGAAGGCUGUCCAGAGAGUUGUCCUGAUGAUGGGUAGAUUCGUCGAGCCAAUCGACGACUGUCCAGCUGGUAACAUUGUCGGUCUAGUCGGUAUCGACCAGUUCUUGCUGAAGACCGGUACUUUGACCACCUACGAGUCCGCUCACAACAUGAAGGUCAUGAAGUUCUCUGUCUCUCCAGUUGUGCAAGUCGCCGUCGAGGUCAAGAACGCCAACGACUUGCCAAAGCUGGUCGAAGGUCUAAAGAGACUGUCUAAGUCUGACCCAUGUGUCUUGUGUUACAUGUCUGAGUCUGGUGAGCACAUUGUCGCCGGUACUGGUGAGUUGCACUUGGAAAUCUGUUUGUCCGACUUGGAGAACGACCACGCUGGUAUUCCAUUGAAGAUCUCUCCUCCUGUCGUUGCUUACAGAGAGACUGUUGAGGGUGAGUCUUCUCAAGUCGCUCUAUCCAAAUCUCCAAACAAGCACAACAGAAUUUACUUGAAGGCCGAGCCAAUGGACGAGGAGUGCUCUCUGGCCAUUGAGGACGGUAAGAUCAACCCAAGAGAUGACUUCAAGGCCCGUGCUAGAGUUAUGGCUGACGAGUACGGCUGGGAUGUCACUGACGCCAGAAAGAUCUGGUGUUUCGGUCCAGACGGUAACGGUCCAAACGUUGUCGUUGACCAGACUAAGGCUGUUCAAUACCUGCACGAAAUCAAGGACUCUGUUGUCGCCGCCUUCCAGUGGGCUUCUAAGGAGGGUCCUAUCUUCGGUGAGCAAAUGCGUUCCGUCAGAGUUAACAUCUUGGAUGUUACCCUGCACGCUGAUGCUAUUCACAGAGGUGGUGGUCAAAUCAUCCCAACCAUGAGAAGAGCCACUUACGCCGGUUUCUUGUUGGCCGAGCCAAAGAUCCAGGAGCCUGUCUUCUUGGUCGAGAUUCAAUGUCCAGAGCAAGCCGUCGGUGGUAUCUACUCCGUCUUGAACAAGAAGAGAGGUCAAGUCGUCUCUGAGGAGCAAAGACCUGGUACUCCAUUGUUCACUGUCAAGGCUUACUUGCCAGUUAACGAGUCUUUCGGUUUCACUGGUCAAUUGAGACAAGCCACUGGUGGUCAAGCUUUCCCACAGAUGGUGUUCGACCACUGGGCCACUUUGAGUGCUGACCCAUUGGACCCAUCUUCCAAGGCUGGUGAGAUUGUUGCUGCUGCCCGUAAGAGACACGGUAUGAAGGAGGAAGUCCCAGGCUGGCAAGAGUACUACGACAAGUUGUAA